GUCCUGCUCCACGGUAGCUGCUCCGCUCCACGCUACAGCAACAAGAGAAGAGAGACGAGAAGGGGUGGGGGGACAGACAGACAGACAGACAGGCAGCAAGCAGUUUGCAGCGGUCCGUGUGCUCUCACUGUACUGUGGGUGAUGUAGACUAAAUGGGAUUAAACCGCUCCGACAGCCUUUGGAAACACCAGCGGUAGUAGUAGUGAGGAGUAACGGGAGCUUCGCGCCGAGUGCGCCGCAUGUGCUCGUCCGUGUGCGCCUGGAAACUCGUGGUGGUCCGUCCAUUGCGAUAAAAAGCUGAAGAGGAGCAAAACUAACGCUAGCUUCAGUCAUUGCCACCCUGGUUUAAUCUCCGGGACUCGCGGCAACCCAAGCCGACCUCUCCCCUCACAUGCCUGCGUUGCUGUGGGAGAGGGAGGGGAGCGGAGCCGGGGGAUGUUUGAAUUACCUCGCUAAACUUGCAGAAAUAUCCCGCAGCGGAGUGCAUUGGUGAAAAGAAGUCAAAACAAGACAUAUCGUAUUUGUUUGCAUUUUUUUUUUUUUUAAUUUAAUUGUUUUUUUCGUGGAGGAGCAAAGAGCCAGCAUGGAGAACCAGACGGGUGAACAUCCCUGCUGCGAGGACGUGCGGAAGAGCGGCUACCUCCGCAAGCAGAAGUCCAUGCACCGGCGCUACUUCGUGCUCCGGACGGCCUCGGAGCGCGGCCCGGCCCGCCUGGAGUACUACGAGAGCGAGAAGAAAUUCCGCGGCAAGGCUCCCGUCCCGAAGAAAGCCCUGGUGCUGGAGACCUGCUUCAACAUCAACAAGCGGGCCGACUCCAAGAACAAGCACAUGAUCGUGCUGUACACCCGGGCCGAGAGUUUCGCCAUCGCCGCGGAGAACGAGGCGGACCAGGACGAGUGGUACCAGGCCAUGGUGGACCUGCAGUGCAAAAGCAAGACUCCCACUGACAGUGGGGCAGCAGGGGACUACGGGGUGCCCAAUCCUGGACCAGCCUUCAAAGAAGUGUGGCAGGUGAAGGUGUGGCCCAAAGGCCUGGGCCAGGCCAAGAACCUGGUGGGCAUUUACCGCCUCUGCCUGACCGACAAAACGGUCAAUUUUGUCAAGCUCAACUCGGAUGCUGCCGCCGUGGUGCUGCAGCUGAUGAAUGUGCGGCGCUGUGGCCACUCGGAGAACUUCUUCUUUGUGGAGGUGGGCCGCUCUGCUGUGACAGGCCCGGGCGAGUUCUGGAUGCAGGUGGACGAUUCAGUGGUGGCACAGAACAUGCAUGAAACCCUGCUGGAGGCCAUGAAGGCCCUGAGUGAGGAGUUUCGCCAACGCAGCAAGUCCCAGUCCAGCUCCGGCCCAGGAGGAGGUGCCACUGCCUCCAAUCCCAUUAGUGUUCCCUCACGCCGCCACCAUCCAAACCCACCCCCCAGCCAGGUGGGCUUCACUCGCCGGCCCAGAACCGAGCCUCCUGGAGGGGCAAACAGCGGAGGAGGGGGCAACAGUGCUAAUGCUUCACCCACCCCUCGGCACAGCUUCCCAAGGUCUCGCACUGCCAGUGAUGGGGGAAAGGGAGAGGAGGGAGUAGGGGGCACCACGCCACUCCCAGGGCCGGGCUCCAGCCCCUCCACCAAUGGCUCCUGUUCCACCACCCCAAUCCUGAGGUCAAAGUCAGCUCGCUCAGCCUCCACCCCAGCUGCUAAAACCCCCUUGGGGCUGAUGCGCUCCAUCUCCACCCCUGCACCCUCCCCGGCCCCAAGCCUCUCCUCCAGCUCUGGGCAUGGCUCUGAGUUUGGAGGGGUGGCUGCCUCCGCUGGCGCUGUGUCUGGGUCUGGUACCUACAGUCGUGUCCCUUCCCAUCACGCCUCGGUCUCUGGCUCACCCAGUGACUACGGCUCUUCAGAUGAGUAUGGCUCAAGCCCUGGGGAGCAUUCACUCCUCCCCUCACCCAGCCUGCCAAGAGGCUCUGUAAGUAGUGUGGGCAGCCAAUCCCUUGGUGAAGAGGGAGCCAAUUAUAUCCUAAUGGGCCAGCGUGGUGGUAAUGGAGGCAGUGGUGGAGGAUGUAGUGAUGGAAGCUCCAAUUCCAGUUCCUUGCUGGUACAGGGAACUGCCUGCAACUCCCAGCCCCAGACCAGGAGAGUGCUGCGCCGCUCCUCCAGCAGGGAAUGUGAAGCUGAACGUAGGCUGCUGAGCAAGCGGGCCUCUCUUCCUCCCAUGGCCCUGGAGAGGCUCGCCCCGCGACAGCGCAGAGGUGAGGAACCCGCAGAGGAAGACUCAGCUGACUACGCCAUCAUGUCACGGAGCACCAGCCGCGAGUCCUUCACUUCUUCCACUUCCUCCUCCACACGGAAAGACUCUGGCAUGUGUGCUGGCUCGGCAGGAGGAGGAGGAGGAGUAGGAGGAGGAUACCUGGAUGUGGCAGCAGAACUCAAAGCUGAAGGAGGUGGAGGAGGAGGAGGAGGAGGAGGUGGUGUAGAUUUAGGUGUGGAUAACGGCUACAUGUCCAUGCUGCCUGGAGUCACCCAGCCACCAGUUUCCCUCUCCCACUUGCUGGCUGUCUCUGUCCCUGACUUAGAGUCCAAACCUGCUGAUGACUACAUGGCUAUGACCCCUAACAACAGUGUGUCCCCCCCACAGCAAAUCCGCCCCCAACCAGCCUCCGACGGUUAUAUGAUGAUGUCCCCUAAUAGCAGCUGCUCUCCUGACCAGCGUGGAGGUCUCUCUGGAGGGGCGUGGGUGGGCAGCGGCAGUGCUGACAGCAGGGCAGGCAGCGACUAUAUGAACAUGUCCCCAAUCAGCGCUCGCUCUGUAAAUGACAGCCCUCCACCCCCCGAGCACACCGGUCCGUUGGAUUCCAGUGCUCAACAACAAGCUCCUAAGAUGGUGUACUCUUACUACUCCCUACCCCGGUCCUACAAACACAACCCCUCCACGGGCCACUUUGAAGACGGUCCCGGUCGAGGCAGAAGGCCCAAUGGGGGUGGCAGUAGAGGAAUGGGUGGAGGUAGAACUAUGGGAGGGCGACAUGACACACUGGCAGCAGGCAGCUCAGCAGUGGGACGCCACCUGUCACUUUCUUCGUCCUCUUACUCCUCCAGCUCAGCCAGUAGCGAGAGCCUGGGGGAGAGCGAUGAUCGCGCAGCUCAGGGGGUAGGCACCGCGGUUGGGGGAGCUCAGUGCAAAGAUGGCGGUGUGCCACCGCAGAGACGGGGCUCUGGUGGGUUAUCAAAGCAGGGUAGCCACACCAGAAACAGACCAGUGAGCCUGUUUGUGGACGUGUCCAAAGCGAACACCCUUCCGAGGGUCCGUGAGAAUCCCCUUCCUCCAGAGCCUAAGAGUCCUGGGGAGUAUGUCAGCAUUGAGUUCAAGGGGGAGAAAUGUAGCCAGGCUGGGGUUGGAGGGGGUCGUGGCAGGGGGCUCAGGCAUGGCAUGUCACUCCCUCAUAGCUCCAGCAGCCAACACCCACCUCACAGACCAACGUCCUGCUUAGGGAACUUCAUUCCCCUCUCCCGUAGCCCAUCUGCCCCCAUCACCCCCCCAGCUGCCUCUGAGUAUGUCAACAUGGACUUGGGCCCUUCUCCGUCCCCAUCGCCUCUCUCCCUCACCCCACUUGGUUUCCCCUCCUUCCACACCCCUCCCACACCUCCAACCCUUGCUCUGGCGCCCAAAGCCUGUGAGAAGGGCAUGGCCAGUUGUGAUGAGGAGCCUGCGGUAGGUGAAACCCCCCUCAGGGAAAGUCGAGAGAGUGUCCCAUCCGUGUCUGAGUCUGAGUCCCCUACGUCCUGCGGAGAUUACACAGAGAUGGCCUUCAGCUUGAAUAGCAACCCCGUCCCCAGGUCGUCAUCCAGCGUCUCACCCAAAGCCCCUUCCCCCACCAGGACAGAUGCCCCUGUUCCAGGUCUGUCUAUGGGUCUAGACUUCCCCCUAGCCAAACCAGGGCCCAACCCGGACCACGGUGCUAAAGUCAUCCGGGCUGACCCCCAAGGACGCAGACGCCACUGCUCGGAAACUUUCCUGGCCUCUCCCUCCCUCCCUGCGUCCUCCUCUUCUUCCUCCUCCACUUCUACUGCCUCCCUCUUCCCAGAACAUGCCCAAGCUGUGGCCCGCCGCCUGGGCUUUGAAAGCAUGCUGUGGGGGAACGGUACUGUGACUGAUCCCCCCUCUCAGUUCACCCUUCCUGGACAGCAGUCCUUACCCGCUACCCAGGCUUCGUCCACAGAACAAGGCCUCAACUACAUAGACUUGGACUUGGCCAGCAAAGAGAGCCCUCACCUGGGCUUGGACGGCCCCUCGGGUGGCCAGGGCCCCUCUCGCCUCUUCUCAGUGUUGGGUGGGGGCUCCGGCGUUGCAGGAGUGGGCGCAGCAGUGGGCAGCAGCAGCAGCUCCAACCUCAACACGUACGCCAGCAUCGACUUCUACAAAUCAGAGGAGCUGCGGACGCAUCAGAAUGGAAGCAAGGAAGGAACAGAGUGCUGAUGUCAAUGCCUGUCCUUGUAACUGAUGGGAAAAAAUCUGGUACCACUCAGAGAGCGCCAUAACUCCUCCUCUUCCUCGUGCAAACACCAAUCACAUAGCGAGAAGAGCUGGACUGGACACGCCCCCGAAGCACUUUGACAAAGACGGAUGGAAACUGUUUCUCUUUUUUUUUUUUUUUUUUUUUUUUUUGCUUUCAGCUUGUUGGUUGCGGAAACCAAUGGGGAUGUGUGCCAAAUGAAAUCCUUGAAAAGCUAUUAGUUGCUCUCAUUCCAUGAGUGAAAGCCAAUCAGAGAAGGGUACGAAAAGCAACCAGAGACUGUUUUUUUUUUUUUUCCCUAGGCCUAGAGAAAACUCAAAUCAUUAAAAAGAGUACAAUGACGGCUGAAUAUUUAGAGUAUGAUAAAGAAAAUAUAUAGAAUUAUAUAUCUGCUCAAAAAGUGCCUCAUUUUCAGAUUGUAGCCAUUUUACAAAGAACUUCAACUUUAGCCUCGACUAACUGAAGCUUUGGGGUUUGUUUGUUUUUGUUUUUGUUUUUUUUUCAUGCUUGUUUUGAAGUAGAAAUGACGCAACAGAAGAAAUCGAUAAUGUGGAUAGCACUGGUGUGAGAUUUUAACAGUAUAAUGCUGAUAAUGAUGGUACGAGCAAAACUGCUGGCCUUACUGUCUACUGUGAGAAAUGAUAUUAGCGUAGUGGCCGUUAGCUUCCCGCUCUUUGCUUCGUUGUAACUGACGUUGCUUUUACUCCCCCCUUUAUCUGCUUUUUUUCCCUCUUUUUUCUAUCUCUUCCUGUACCAAACCUGUUUUUUUUUCUCCAUAAGGUUAAUAUAGCUGCACACCGCCAGCAUUAAACAUGUUUGAAACAAAAGGCACUUGUAGCGGCUAGGGGAGCGCUAGCGGACACCGGCUAUGUCAGAUUAACAUAUUAGCAUUGUGCCAGGAGGUAAAUUCAGCAUGCUGCUGACUGCAGCUCAGGGCGAGACCCCUGAUACAGAGCCAAGCAAUCCCAUUAGUGCUAUUAGCUCCAGACAGUUGUGUCUCACUUAAUCCCCACUGUCUCAGGAUGCUAAGUAAUGUACAGAACAUGCAGCAGAGGGUAGAGACCCUAAUAGCCAUGCUAAUGCUAGCUUUGCAAAAGACUACAUUCAGCAUCCAGGGGUGGGGGAGUGGUGGUGGGGGCUCAAUCCUCUUUUCUGGUCAGUCAGAGCAAAGUAUAAAAUGAAACUGCUAUCUAUUAGUUAGUGGUAGACCUCGUUCUCAGUUAUUUUAUAGGAUACAAUUUGUACGUUUUUACAUUUUUUAAACUUUUAAACGUAACCCACUGGUUGAAUUCAAAGCGAAUUGGGCCCCACCCGGGCUAGUAUUAACUGUCAUUGUGGUUACAGGGCAAUUUACUGUUUCUGUUUCCUCCCCGUCCCUCCUUUCUGUCUCUCGCUUGGCUCUUACUUUAAUAUUCUGCGCUAUGCAUCAGCACUUAAGUGCCUGUCUGUCGUAUUUGUCUGUGUCCGUCUGUUCUUUCCACCCCCUCUUAGCAGCUAGCACUAUUAGGGCUGUUCCAGCAGAAUAUACUAAGUCUAUUUUUGUGUCUUUUUUUUUUUUUUUUUUUAAAUGUCUCUUGCCGCUGUACAGUUCUCAUGAAAUAAUCUGUUUUAUGUUUGUUGAUGUGACAAUAAUCUAUGAGACGACUUGACCGGUAACCAUGACCCUAAUUUGGAGGAGGUCUGGACUGUUAUGUGAUGUGAUGGAGGACCCUAUCGCAGGGCCGUCAGUGCCAAAACACAACAAAAGAGACUAUGUUCUUAUCCUCUCCAGUGGCACCUCACGAAGCAACCUUCAGUUCUUAAGUCUGGACGCAUUGCAUUGUUGUUUUUGUUUUGUUUCGUUGUUUUGUUUUGUUUUUUUAAUGUAACCUUGCGUGCUCGUCCAAUGUUUUCAUUUGCAGAGGGGGAAAAACUGUGACAUAUCUUGCCUCGCGGUCUGCUUAUGUGUCACUUUGAGAUAAAGGUUAUUGUGAGGACUUGCGUAUGCUUUAUUUCACCACGAAUUUGCAUAUGACUUUGACCGGUGGAUUCUGUUGAGAAGAAACGCAUGAACAGAAAGAAAAGGCCAUCACACACAAAAAAAGAGGAAAAAACAAAACAUCCUGCUUUCUUAAUGCCCACACAUUUACGCAGUCCCAAAGUGUAUUCAUGUGUUUGUCUGCCUUUGGUCUUUCAUGAACUUUCUCACCCUGGUCACAUGACUGUCGGGGCCCGGGGCAUAACAAUGCAGCUUUAUUACUAGCAGAUUGGGAUCUGUGGUUUGAAUUGCCCCUAAUGGUGCCUAAUGCAGAAGUGGAAAAAAGAUUGGACUUCACCCUCCCUGGUUGUUCAAAACCAGGGCUCACUGAGCGAUACGACGCAGAAACCGAGACAUUCGCAGACUCGCAGGCAAGCACAUGAUGAGUAGUUGCAAUGUUUCCAACAUCUAUUUGGAAGUGGUCUUUUAUUAUGACUCAGCAGUUGUCAGCCAAACCGCGAAGGCUGAAGGUACUCUUUGGAAGAAAGCGCACAAAAAAAAAACAGACUUGGAUGGUUUUCAGAUGCUUUCAAACCUGA